AUGCAUGUGCAUCUCAUCCCAUCUCCCCUCACUCUGCUGUACUACACAUCUACCUGCCUUCUGCUUCUUCAUCACCGUCCUCAUCACUAUCACUCCAUCCCUUACUCUUUUUCUCUUUUGAUUCUUUGUCUAGCUACGAUACCCACAAUGCUUGCCUCUCGUCUCACCCCGCGGACCAUCCCCGCACGCCAAUGGCGUCGACACUUCAGCGCCGCCCGUCCAGCUCUGAAGGAGAUCCAAGAUGCCUACAUUCUCAGCGCUGCGCGCACUCCUACAGCCAAGUUCAACGGCUCCUUUGUCUCCGUCCCAGCCCCCCAACUCGGCGCCGUGGCGAUCAAAUCCGCCGUCAGCAAAUCUAACCUCCCCACCGAAAAGAUCACAGACGUGUACAUGGGCAACGUCCUCCAAGGAUCCGUAGGCCAAGCGCCCGCGCGUCAAGCCUCCAUUUUCGCCGGCCUCGCUCCCACCGUCGAAGCCAUGACCGUGAACAAAGUAUGCGCGUCCGGAUUGAAAGCCGUCGCUCUGGCCGCCCAGAACAUCCAGCUCGGACUAGCAGAGGCGCAAGUGGCCGGUGGUAUGGAGAACAUGUCGCGUGUGCCCUACUACAUGCCACGUUCCAGUCAGUUGCCUCCCUUUGGGGAGAUCAAGCUUGAAGAUGGCCUGAUCAAGGACGGCCUGUGGGAUGUGUACAACCAGAUUCAUAUGGGUAUUUGCGCGGAGCAGACGGCCAAGAAAUACGAGGUAUCACGGGAAGAACAGGAUGAGUAUGCAAUCCGGUCGUACGAGCGGGCGCAGAAGGCCUGGGCUGAGGGUUUGUUUGGCGAGGAAAUUGCCCCUGUGACGGUGAAGGGCAAGAAGGGGGAUACGGUGGUCGAGAGGGAUGAGGGCGUUGAGAACCUCAAGGCAGACAAGCUGCGCGGGUUGAAGCCCGCGUUCUUACGGGACGGCACCGGCACAGUCACGGCGGGUAAUGCGUCCACGAUGAACGAUGGCGCCUCCGCCGUGGUGGUGGCUAGUCGCGAGCUGGCCAGGGAGUUUGGCACGGGCAAUCGUGCGCUAGCGAGGAUUGUCAGUACUGCUGAUGCAGCUAUCGACCCUGUUGAUUUCCCCGUGGCCCCGGCCAAGGCCGUCCCGAUUGCGCUAGAGCGCGCGGGCAUCAGCAAGGAGCAGGUUGCCGUGUGGGAGUUUAACGAGGCAUUUGCGGCGGUGAUCAAGGCCAACGAGAAGAUUCUUGGACUGCAAAACGCGCGUGUCAACCCGCUGGGCGGGGCCAUCUCGCUGGGUCAUGCACUGGGCAGCUCGGGCUCGCGCAUCCUGGUGACGUUGCUGCACCAGUUGCAGCCGGGCGAGUACGGUGUGGCAGCCAUCUGCAAUGGCGGAGGAGCAGCUAGCGCGAUGGUUGUGCAGAAGCUGGACCGGGUGGACUGA